AUGUUCUCUACGCUGUCGUCCUUCCUGCCGGCCGCGCUCUCCCAGACGGACAGUAGGCGCGCCAGCCAGGUGAACCCUAGCCCCGCGCCAGACAAUGGAGAGUCGACCGAGCAGACGGUGACGCCCGAGACUGCUGCUGCUGCCGCCGCCGCCGAGGCCAAGUCUGCGGAAGAGACUACACACAAGCGGAAACGAAAUACUCAUGAGACAUUCAUCGUCGUGCGGCCCCCGCCGGCAAAGUCGAACCACCCGCUAAACCUGCAGGUGCAACUGGUGCCGCCGCAAUCGCGCGACCGCUCCCUCCGGCGAUCCGUCGACUUUUCCGCAGAAGGCUCCGAAGACGGCAACUCGCUGCAGCGCACGACCUCCAACCGGUCCGACGCAUCCGCCUACUCCUCCGUCUCCUCCUUCUCCUCCGUAUCCUCCACGGCCUCUUCCAGAAGGAUGAUCAUCCCGCUCUACAACCUCCAGGCGCACAACGUCAUGACCAACACGAUCGUAGACGCCGGAACAGACGCCAAAGUGGCGAAGCUGACCAAACGCGGAUUAGAAGUCCUCGGUCUGGCAAUCCUCGAGCCGCUCGAGGUCUACGGCAGCCAUUCCAGUCUCACAACGCCUAUACUCUAUCCCACCACCGCCCCCUCGAUGACGUCGACGAGCGCGCGCACCAGCCUCGAGUCGCACCGCGAUCACCACAACCCCCACGCGCCGCGCGCCGACGACCGGCCCACGACGCCCAACUCGAUGAUCUCGGCCUCGUCCGCGGGCGUCGACGCCCACGCGACGCCCACGCCCGUGCAGACGCCCUUCGCGGCGCCCGUGGCCGAGGCGCCGGCGCCUACGGGCGCGAAGAAGAUCUUCGGACGCCUGUUCAAGAAAAAGGACGUGCCGUCCCCGACGUCGACGCCCGUCCCGGCCGAGGAAGCGCCCGCGGGGCACGCCUUCCUCCGCGUUCCGAGCAAGGCCGGCAGCGGACACGCGAAGCGCGCGAGCUGGGCGCCCCAGGCGAAUAAAGCGGCGCUCGCGCACGCGCACGCGCAGGACGCUUCUUCUUCGACGAGCGGAUAUGGCGUUCCGCUGCCCCCGGGCGUCACGCUGCAGCCGGCUGUGCUGGGCAUUCAGCCGAUCCUGAGCGCGCCUAGCGUUCCGCCGAGAGGGCGCCCGCAUUCGUACGCGUGGGUCGUGCGGCGGUGGAUUAAAGGUGCCGAGGACGGGCUCUUGACGAACGUUAUUGGGUUUAUGGGCGGGAUCGGGUUGGGGGAGGAUGUUAGGGGGAGCAGGGUCCCUGAGGGCCAGGUUGAGGUGCAGUUCAUCUGGUCGAGGGGAAAGUCAAAGUCGGCGGGGAAGAGGCCCGAGACGGCUACCACGAGCGAGGGGCACGACGAGAUGAAGAGGACGCAGAGUUCUGGGUCUAGGAGAAGGAGUCUGGCGCUGACGGGCGAUCACCCGUCUGUAUCGUCCCUUGGGAGCAGUCAGGCCGCGAAACGGAAGAACAGGCUUUCGAUGGCCAGCGCGCAUAGUGUGUCGACGGCUGCGGGCGAGGACAGCGAGGUGCCGGCUUCGCGCGGGGGAGACGAUGAUGGGGAGGAGAGCGAUCCGGAAGACUCGGAGACGCCGUGGACGUGCACGAUGAUCGUGCGCCGCGUAGCGGCUGCGCUGCCUGGAGGAGGAGGACCGUACGCGGCGCAUUCGCCCACCCAGAGCGUUGAGUCGCAUCAGGCGCAUCAACAGCUCGUGCGCGUCAAGAUCGCGACGUUCUCGCCUACGCCACAUCAUCCGAAGGUCGUUGCGCUGCUCAAAGUGCCGUUCCCGCUUCCGGACGUGAUCGUGGAUCAGAUGAAUAUUCAGCGGAGGGUCGUUACGCCUCAGGGGCUCGCGAGACCGAGCUAUGAUCCAGAGACGCAGACGGGGCUGGUGUUGACGGCCGAGGAGAUCAAGGAUAUCGUCAGUAGUACGGGGUUGUGGCUCGUUGUGAGGGAGGGGAUGGGCGGGGUCGGGAAGGUCAGUCGGAAGGGCGAUGGAUGGCGCAUUCGGGCGUGA